AUGGCUGAGGUAGCAAUUGCUAUCCCAGUGAUCUGGAACAAAACAACAUGUGAAGCUGAUGAGUUUAGAAGGAACUCAACUGGAAAGAUAGCUGAUAAGACUAAUGAAGUAAAAGUGUUGCCUAAUUAUCUUAGAGCUUCAUUAGGCUCUUGCCAUGACUACUGCAAGUUUGGUUUUAAACCUGAAUUUAAGACAAUAGAAUGGACUCCAAUGGUGAAGAUAUCCAAGACAUCGCCACGAUGUGAAACUUCACAGAAAAAGAUAGGCCUAGAACCGGCUAAAGGUGAAAAUUUGGAGAAACAGAAAAGUUCAUUCAAAGUUUCUAGGCCAGCAUCAAAUUUGGGGAACUCAAUUCAAUCAUCAAGAACAAAAAGGACAGUGACUUCAAAUAAUCCUGAGGAGCUGAAGCAGAAACCUUUCAGAACAAAGGAGUCUUCAAUUGAAACAGCCCACCAAUUAAGAAGAAACAGUGAAGUCAACAUACCAAAGGGAACAUCCAACAGUGGAUUGACUGAAGGAAAUGAUUCAACCAAUGGCAUUGGGACUUCCAAAGGAAGCAAGAAAACAUAUAUGUUGCCAACGACUUGUUCCCGAUCUCACAAAAUUGAUCGAGAAAAGAUAACAAAGCCAAAGGAGAUAUCUCGUACUAAAAGAAACGAGAAUACAGGUACAUUAUCUGCAUCUCAAUCCAGAGCUCGUAAACCCAAUGCACAGAGCAUAUCAAAGGAGAUAUCCCAUCUUAACAGUAAGGUGGUCCUAGAAAAUGCUGACACAGAGCAACCAAGUGCUGAAAAUAUUCCAGAGAAGAUAUUAUACAUCACUGAACUGAACACCAAAAGCUGUGAAGGCCUAUCCCCUGAGAGAAGCGAUGGAUUAACUGAAAAGCAGGCAUCAAAAAUUGAAGAUGUUAGCCUUAUUCAAGGACAUAUUGAUACUAUUCAUCACUCUCCGUCUUCAUUAUCAUUGUGCUCAGAUAGCAAGGCAUCAUCUUCAUCCACAUUGAUGUCAUUACUAUCAUCAUCGUCUGCUACUAAAUUUGCGAAGAAGAAAAAACAUGCUGGAAAAGAUCAUUCAGAAGAUGGAAACUGCUCGCCCCGGAAGCAAAAAUUUAGGAAAGGAAAGAGUAACAUUGAAAUCCCAUCUGGGAUAAAGAGUCCAAGGAGACUCAAAUUCAGGCAAGGGAAUAUUGCAAUUUCUGAAAGUCAGAGUAAAUAUGCUGAGACCAAGAGGAAGAAGAGCUACAGGAAAACAGACAUUGGAGUCGAAUCAAGGACAACCAGAAAUGAAUUGAAUGAAGUUGUUCUCAGGCGCCAAAAUUGA